AUGGCCUGCGCUCGCGAAGACGGCGCAAGCAGGUCCGAAGUCCAGUUCGCGCCGAACCUCAGCUUCUGGGACCCGACGUCUCGCGAAGUGAAGGACGAACCACCGUCACCGCGGUGCCUGCGCAAGACUAGACGCGACAUUCUCGACAUCUACGCCCAACCGGUUCCGGGAGUCGUCGUCGCCCCCGACGAGAAAGACGUCACGCGCAUCCACGUUCUCUUGCUGGGACCUCCCGGCACUCCUUACGAAGGCGGCUUCUUUCGGUACCUGCUCAAGUGCCCCGCGGACUUCCCGGCCGAGCCCCCUCGGGUCAGGCUCAUGACCACUGAUGGCGGACGCGUCCGGUUCGCGCCGAACCUGAACGAAGACGGCAUGAUCUGCCUGAGUCUCCUGGGGACGUGGCCCGGACCCGUCUGGAAAUCGUCAGUUCACAGCAUAAGAACCGUGCUCAUAGCCAUCCAGUCAUUGAUGACCCAGGAACCCUUUCACAACGAGCCGGCGCUGGUCAGGGGCCGGCCGGAAGAAGAGUCGCGCGCCUACAACGACCUACUGGUCCACGAGACACUCAGGGUGGCCGUAUGUGACGAGGUGGAGGCCUCCCUGGACGCCGGUUCGUCGUACCCGCCGGAACUGAGGAAAGUCGUGCUCAGGACCUUCCCGGAGUUGUACGACUCGCACGUGGAAACGGUCAGGCUCAACCUGCGGCGCACGGGCUUCGAGGGGACCGACCCGUUCGGAGGUCGCACGGUGACGUACCAGUACGACGAGCUGCUGACGCGACUACAGCACUUGUACGACCGGGUCUUGAAGAUAAGCGAAGCCGGCUUCUCCAAUGGAAAGUCCGAAUGA